CUCCCCCCAACGUGUCCAUGUGGUCGUCUAGCUUCCUCAUCAGUACUAUCUUCUUAUUAGCUUCAAUUCUUUUAUUAAUCUUAAUUGCAUUACAUUAACUUACUCUGUUUCUCCUUUUCCCAGACCUCAUCUCUCCCCCUUGUUAUUUAUUAUCUCAAUCAUCUCUAACUCUCACAAAGUCCACCACUCUCUACCUCCAACUCUCUCUUUUCUUAAACUUACAGACAAGAAUCAAUCAGUCACACGUCUAUGCCACGAUUUGCUCUCAGAUUCUGAACUUGACUUCCACCAACGUUUAUAAGCAGAGAUCAAUCUCACUUACUAGAAUCUAUCAAAUCUUCUUCAUCACAAGAGAAGAUAUGGUUUCGGAGACGGUUUCAAAGACGGAAUCACCACCGUUGAUUGGACCUCGUAUAUCCUUCUCAGCUGAUUUAUCCGACGAUGGUGAUUUCAUCUGCAUCAGCCCCGUAAUGUGUAAGGAGUUAGAGAAAGAUGUCGUCCUCAAAGGGUCAGUGAAAGUCUCCGACUUUGAGUUCUUGUCUGAAAAUGUGAGUCCACAGAAGAUGCUUACCGCCGACGAGCUCUUCUCUGAAGGCAAGCUGCUUCCCUAUUGGCAAGUAAAGCACUCGGAGAAGCUUAAAAACAUUACCCUGAAGACGAACGAAGAAGAAGAAGAGAACCGUAAAGCAGAAGUGAUGAAGAAAGAUCAGGAGAUUACUAGUAAUAACAGAGUGAGUUGGUUUAUUGACGAAGAUCCAUCUCCUCGUCCUCCCAAGUGCACGGUUCUUUGGAAAGAGCUUUUGAGAUUGAAGAAACAGAGGAAUCCGUCUUCGUCUUCGGUUACGGUGAGGACGGUGUCGUCUUUGUCUCCGUCAUCGUCAACCUCAUCAUCAAGCUCGCUUGAGGAUGCCGCGAAGAGAGAGGAGAGAGAGAAAGAGCGGAAGAGAGGUAAGAAAGGAUUGGAAAGAACGAGAUCGGCGAGUAUGAGGAUAAGGCCGAUGAUUCAUGUUCCUAUUUGCACUCCUUCUAAGUCAUCUCUUCCACUACCUCCUCUGUUCCCACUUGCGCUUAAGAAAAACAGAGUAGAGAGACGAGCUUAAGAAAAUGUCGAAUCUGUCUUACGAUUGAUACUUUUAUUGGUUGAUUUGUUCGGAUGCUUGAGUGUUUUCUCAUUUGGCCUGUAACUCUAAUGCAUGUGAUUAAGCAAUGUUUUCAGAAGUGUUUUGUGUUC